AUGUCAGGAGUUCAAAUCAAUGAGACGACUAGUCUACCCAUCUCAACUACAGCCGAAGAGGGAUUUCAUACGUCACCGGUUAACAAUCCAGAGACCUCGAAUAGGCAAUCACCAACGAUAAAUCCCGUGGAAAUCGCAACUUCGCUCCCAGAAGCGCAAGCUGCAAAUCAAAGCACGCCAGCUCCUAUCGACGUCGCAACGUUAUUCGCAACAAUGAUGGCUCGAAUGGAAGAGCUGAAUCAUCAGACAAGCGCUCGCCUGAACGAGCUCGCCGCGGCACAACUUUCUUGUCAAGAUCAAGUCAACACGUUACAUUCGUCAGAGACCCAAGCUCCAGAAAGACGUGCCCAAGAAAUUCAACGAGUACAGCGCGCCUUAUUCGGAGAUUCGCCAGCACCACCAACGACACAAAAUCACCCGGCCUCGAACUACGAUGAGGUGAACAUCGGAGCUCCCGAACACGAAACGCGUCGACCUCAGAUAAGAAACUCACAGCAAGACGAAGAAAUGCUCGAGAUGAGGGCCAAAUUGCGAGCCAUGACUUCGCUUGUACAUCAAGCCACUAGCUCGGCACCCGAGAUCGACCGUGUGUUGAAAGAAAGCCAAAGCACGCCGUUCACGACCCGAAUCACCGACUUCCCGAUUAGAACUCAAGUGAAGUUCAACCUCCCGACAUAUACAGGCAACUCGGACCCAAGCCAAUUCAUGACCGCGUUCAGCAUUCAAAUGGGCCGAGCACGAUUCACCCCCGAGGAAAAAGAUGCAGGCUUCUGCCAACUGUUCGUUGAAAACCUCGGCAGGGCGGCCCUCGUUUGGUUCUCCAAGUUAAAAGUGAACUCGAUUGACAGCUACCAAGCAUUGUCGACCGCAUUCCUCAAGAGGUACAUGAAGUAUAUCCAAGGCGCAGUUUCCAGCGCCGACCUCUACCAGAUCAAACAAGGCGAAAAAGAAUCCCUUCGGUCUUUCAUCAGCAGGUUCAAUGCGAUCGUUUCUCGGAUCACCGUGACUGACGAAGCAUCGCUGCCAGCUCUUCGGAAUGCCCUGCGAAUCGAUUCGAAGUUUCGGGACAGCCUCAAGUUCAGCAAACCCCGAACUCUCGAAGACGCGCUUCACCGUGCCACUUUAUACAUCGAAGACGAAGAAGAAAAAGAGACCGCGUCGCCAGCAAAAGCGACACCGAAGCAGCAACCUCACAAAGAUACCCCCAAACAAGAUUAUCAGGAACCUCGACAACACCUCGACAAUAACUAUCGAGGUGAUAAUCGCCGAGGAGCGACGUACAACAUCAGCACUCAACAGCAGCAAAAUCACCCAUACCAAAACCAAUCAAACACCUGGCAGCGAGGAGAUCAUGGAGAGACACGACCCUUCUGCGACUAUCACAACAAGUAUGGUCACCCUACUGCGAUGUGUCGCGAACUUCAGGCCUACUUGCUCGCAAAAUAUCGCAAGGGGGAGAUCGCAUUAGUCAACCAGCCCCAAAACACCACGCCGCGAAACAGCGGGGCUCGACCAACGGCUUCCGCCGAACAGCUUCCACCUCCUCCUCCAACGAACGAUCAAUCCAACGACAACGUCGCGAAGAGAGACCGUGGAAACCAACCUCGAUGUGACACUCCUCCGACAUCUCGAAAGAAGGUGUUUUUUAUCAUGGGAGGCCUAUCGACGUGCAACGAUUCCGUCAGGUCGAUAAAAAAGUACGGCCGCCAGGUCAUGCUCGCAGAAAAAUGGCAAGUUAAAAGCCCCAAGACCGCCGAUAACGAUGCGAUCACUUUCACCGAGGCCGACACUGAAGGGGUCGACAUGCCACAUAACGAUCCGCUUGUGGUCGAGCUGCGGAUCGCGGAUUGUGAAGUAUCUCGAAUACUGGUCGAUACAGGAAGCUCGGUCGACCUAAUCUUCAAAGAGACGCUUGACAAAAUGGCACUGACUAACCAUUACCUCAAGUCAUCGGUUAAGCCACUCACGGGAUUCGAUGGAGACACAGUCUACUCGAUCAGAACGAUCAGGCUUCCAGUCUACGCGGCAAAGACGACUCGCCUCGUCAAAUUCGUCGUCGUCGACAAACCCGCCAUCUAUAACGUAAUUUUGGGAACGCCCUGGCUGCAAUCCAUGAAAGCGGUACCAUCGACCUAUCAUCAAUGCCUCAAAUUCCCAACCACCUUCGGGGUAAAAACCAUCCGAGGUUCUCAGGAGAUAUCGAGACUCUGCUUCGCCGCAGAGCACAAGCUCCGAUCCAAAUCCGUGAUUCCAGCCAAGGCGUGUCUUACGAUUCUACCCGUAACUCAAGUCGAUUUGCCAACUCAAGAAAGAGCGAAGCAGGAGCUCGUCGUCCAAGUCAACAUCGACGAAAGCGACCCUGAACGAUGCGUAGGGAUCAGAGCCGAUCUAAAGGAGGAAAUCAAGGUUGAGCUCGUACGACUUCUUCGCCGAAAUGCAACGACAUUCGCCUGGUCAGUAAGCGAUAUGCCCGGGAUCGAUCCCUCAAUCACAAGUCACGAGCUUAACAUCGAUCCUACGUUUAAACCGAUCAAGCAGAAGCGGAGGAAGUUAGGUCCAGAAAAGGCACAAGCUGUCAAUGAUGAGGUCGAACGUUUGUCAAAGGCUGGAUCGAUCAUCGAGGUCAAAUAUCCAGAAUGGCUGGCAAACCCCGUUGUCGUCAAAAAGAAAAAUGGCAAAUGGCGAAUCUGCGUAGACUUCACCGACCUCAAUAAAGCAUGCCCCAAGGAUAGUUUCCCCUUGCCGCACAUCGAUAGAAUCAUCGAGGCGACGGCAGGCAAUGAGCUCCUAUCAUUCAUGGACGCCUUCUCCGGGUACAAUCAGAUCACGAUGCAUCCCGAAGAUCGUGAGAAGACAUCCUUCAUCACCGAUCGAGGAACCUAUUGCUAUAAGGUAAUGCCGUUCGGCUUAAAGAACGCGGGCGCAACAUACCAACGACUAGUCAACCACAUCUUCGCCGAUCAAUUGGGACGAACAAUGGAGGUUUACAUCGACGAUAUGCUAGUAAAGUCGCUCACCGCCGGUGAUCACAUCGGCCAUCUGCAAGCUUGCUUCACCGUUCUAAAUCAAUACCAGAUGAAGCUCAAUCCAACUAAGUGUACCUUCGGGGUAACUUCCGGAGAAUUCCUAGGCUACAUCGUCACAAAACGAGAAAUCGAGACAAAUCCGAAGCAGAUUGAUGCCCUAAUCAAUCUCCCAUCACCUCGCAACACUCGUGAAGUCCAACGUCUUACCGGCCGAAUUGCGGCGCUCAACCGAUUCAUCUCGCGAUCCACAGAUAAGUGUCUUUCAAUCUAUCAACUUCUCCGAGGCAACAAACGUUUCGAGUGGGACAGUAAAUGUGAGGAGGCCUUCCAACAGCUCAAGGGAUACCUCGCCAGCCCUCCAAUUUUAGCCAAACCUGAAACAGGCGAAACCCUCUACCUCUAUAUCGCUGUAUCGAGCUCGGCAGUAAGCGGCGUUUUAGUCAAAGAAGAUCGAGGCGAGCAGAAACCGAUUUUCUACGUUAGUAAAACUCUGGACGACGCAGAAAAACGAUAUCCGACUUUGGAGAAACUCGCACUCGCGGUCAUCAUGUCUGCCAGAAAGCUACGACCCUACUUUCAAUCCCAUUCGAUCAUCGUCUUGACCAAUCAACCACUCCGAACCAUACUGCACAGCCCGAGCCAGUCAGGUCGCAUGGCAAAGUGGACUGUCGAGCUGACAGAAUAUGAUAUUGAAUAUCGCAAUAAGACAAGUGCCAAAUCGCAGGUCCUCGCAGAUUUUCUGGUAGAGCUUCCGCCAGAGCUAAUCCAGACCGACCUACCUGACGAGAAGUGGUCCUUAUACGUCGAUGGAUCCUCCUCGUCCCGAGGCGCAGGUAUCGGCAUCCGCCUAGAAUCUUCGACGAAAGAGAUAUUGGAGCAAUCGUUCCGGCUCAAAUUUCCAGCCUCCAAUAAUGAAGCGGAGUACGAGGCUUUACUCGCAGGACUACGUCUAGCGCAAGGAAUCGGGGUCAAAAAAAUCGAAGCUUUCUGCGAUUCCCAGCUCGUUGCUAGUCAGUAUAGCGGCGAUUACGACACCAGAAACGACCGGAUGGAUUUGUAUCUUAAAGCCGUCAAAAACCUCGCUGAUCGCUUUAAACUUUUCUCACUCACCAGAAUUCCGAGGAGUGACAACACCUCAGCAGAUGCACUAGCCGCCCUCGCAUCGACGUCUGAACCACAUCUAAGGCGCGUAAUCCCGGUAGAAAGCAUCGAUUCCCCUAGCAUUGUCUUACCUCGAGGAGUAUGCGCGGUUCGAGAACUUGAAGCGAACAGAUUGGACGCCGUCGAGUUGCCUCCCCCCGAGGUCAUCGAUGAACCUGCCGAACAAGAGCCAGCAACCGAAGAUUGGAGGAUCGAAAUCUUGCUCUACAUUACAGACGGCCAAGUUCCACCCGAUCGAUGGGCAGCGAGGCGCUUAAAAAAUCGAAGCGCUAAAUACAUUCAGUCACACGGCAACCUCUAUCGUUGGAGCUCGACGGGCUCCCUGCUCAAUUGUCUUCACGGCGAAGAGACACUCGAUGUCAUGCGGGAAACACAUGAAGGGGCGUGUGGAAAUCACUCCAACGGUCGAGCUCUCGCUCUAAAAAUCAAGAACCACGGUCAUUUUUGGCCAACAAUGCUUACCGAUUGCGAUCGAUUCGUAGCUCGCUGCGAGCAAUGCCAACGACAUGCGCCAAUGAUCCACGCACCAGCCGAGCUUCUGGCUGCUUCCUCGCCACCUUAUCUCUUCAUGCGAUGGGCGAUGGACAUCAUCGGUCCACUUCCUCGAUCCCGACAAAAACGAUUCAUACUUAUCAUCACCGAUUACUUUACGAAAUGGGUCGAGGCCGAGUCCUACGCCAAAAUCAAAGCAACCGACGUGAAGAACUUUGUCUGGAAAAAUAUCAUAUGCCGUCACGGAUUGCCCUACGAGAUCGUCACCGAUAAUGGUUCCCAGUUCAUCUCCGAUGUAUUCGAGGACUUCUGUGCCAAAUGGAAAAUACGACUUAGCAAGUCAACACCACGAUACCCACAGGGAAACGGACAGGCAGAACCGACCAACAAAACCAUCCUCGACGGCAUCAAAAAAAGACUCGAAGAUAAGAAGGGCUUAUGGGCGGAUGAGCUGGACGGAGUCCUAUGGUCACAUCGAACUACACCGCGCAGAUCGACGAAUAAAACCCCUUUCUCGUUGUCUCACGGCAUGGAAGCCUUAGCCCCCGUCGAGGUCGGUCUACCAACCAUACGCAGAACGAUGUUGACACAAGAUGGUAAAAAGAACGGAAGAAUGAUGAAGGAAAGCCUCGACAUGCUCGAGGAGGAGCGAGAUCACGCCCUGUUACGUAUGCAAAAUUAUCAGCAGCAAAUCUCACGAUACUACAACAAACGCGUGAAAGGAAGGCACUUCGAAGCCGGCGACCUCGUCCUUCGAAAGGUGUUCGAGAAUACCGAAGAAUACCGCGCCGGAAAAUUGGGCGCAAAGUGGGAAGGCCCUACCAAAUCACUAACGUUGUUAAACCUGGUGUUUACGAGCUGA